AUGGCAACUUGUGAAAGCGGGCCUAUGUUCUUGAAGGGAAUUAAUUGUGACGGAGAGUACAAGGACAAACAUUGUAUUGCCAACUUUCUUAUCGACGCCAUUAAGGAAAUUGGUUAUCAAAAUGUGGUUCAAGUAAUCACUGACAAUGCACCAGUUUGUAGAGCUGCUGGAUUACUUGUUGAGGCUAGAUAUCCCAAUAUCUUUUGGACACCAUGUGUGGUUCACACUCUUAAUCUUGCUUUGAAGAGCAUAUGUUCACCAAAACCAAAUGACGAUUGGUAUGAUAAAUGUAGUUGGAUUUCAGAGAUUGCUGCUGAUGUUGGGUUCAUAAAAAUUUUUAUUGUGAACCAUAAUAUGAGAUUGACUAUGUAUAAGGACCACUGCAAAUUGAAGCUGCUCUUCAUUACUGAAACAAGGUUUGCGUCUACACUUGUGAUGAUUAGAAGAUUUAAGGAAGUAAAGGAAGGUCUAGAACAAAUGGUGAUUAGUCCAAAUUGGUCUUUAUAUAAAGAGGAUGAUGUUAGCAAAGCAAGAAGAGUGAAGGAACAGAUAUUGGAUGAAUACUUUUGGGAUGAGAUUGAUUAUAUACUUUCCUUUAUAGCUUCUAUAUAUGAGAUGAUUAGGACGGCUGACACAGACAAACCUUCUCUUCAUUUGGUUUAUGAGUGGUGGGAUACCAUGAUAGAGAAGGUGAAGGCAGCUAUCUAUAGGAAAGAGCACAAGCAACUGCAUGAAGAAAGCGACUUUUUUGAUGUGGAUCCUAGUCGUGUUGCUCCACACCAAGAUGCCGAGAUUACAAGGGAAAGAAAAAAAUGUCUUGAGAAAUACUUUUCAGAUGACCGGGCUAGAAGAGAUAUCAAUGUGGAGUAUGCCUCUUUUUCAAUGUGCUUAGAUGACUUUGGAGCUAUUGAUGCUAUAAAUGAUAGGUUUCACAUGGAACCAAUGGUGUGGUGGAUUGUUCAUGGAUCUUCAACACCAAAUCUCCAAUCCAUAGCUUUGAAGCUACUUGGACAACCUUGUUCCUCCUCGUGUUGUGAAAGAAAUUGGAGUACAUAUAGUUUCAUUCACUCUUUAAGAAGAAAUAAGUUAACACCCCAAAGAGCUGAAGACUUGGUAUUUAUGCAUAGUAAUCUUCGUCUUUUAUCAAGGAAGAGCCCAAGCUACAAAGAAGGUGUUACUAAAAUGUGGGAUAUUGGAGGAGAUGGAUUUGAUAACUUGGGUGAAGAAGGUGUUGGGAUGCUUGAAAUUGCUAACCUUUCUCUAGAUGAACCAUCAUUGGAGGUUGCUUUAUUUACCGGAGAAGACAUUACAAAUAUUGUAGUUGAUUGA